CCCAGUUUAAACACAGACAAUAGUUUAAGGCACACAGAGGAAGGGCAAUUCUAAUGUGUAACAAAUUACUUUUUUAAUAAUAUACACUACGGUGGCCGGUGAACUAACUUCAACAAUGUUGUAUUUUGUCCAGAUUCUAUUGCAAUGUUUGUAGGGAGAGGCAGGGGAGUUGCUAUAGUAACAGAAACGACGCUUUGGUGGGCGCUGUAUUGUGGGACUUGUGGUGUACUUUUGGUGAAAAUAGGUUCAAUGAAAGUAACAAAACUUUAGUGAUUAACUACAAUACCCAGAUUUCAUUUCUAUUCAGUGUGAUCUACCCGGGAAGUUUACAGCAAGAGAGACCAGAACAGCUACAGGGAGAUAGAAUUGGAUCUAAAUAAAAAACUGUAUUAAGUGUUAAAUGUAAGAAGUAUUUGAUAAGUUUCAGUAUUCUUAACAUUCUAAUUUCCACGUUCAUCCAUAAUGAGAGAUGGACACAGACCUGACCUUUUUCGCUGGAAAAAAAUAACCCAAAGCAAAACGCCAUCAACCACGAAGGUGCAAUUUGAUAACCAUGACAUAGACCAUUGGAUAAAGAGAGUGGAGAAAGCUUCAGAGUUUGCUGUCUCUGAGGUUUUCUCCCUUAAGAAAUCCCACGCUGGCGUUCACAGUCAGACAGUUGCAUUACAGAGCAUGGAUCAAUUGCAGGACCAUGACGAAGCAUAUGGCGAAGCUCAGGCAAUUCUGAGUGAAUGGAUGAACAAAAAGCUGCGCCUUGAGCUGGAGAUGGAUGAAGUGGAGGAGGAAGACAUCAUCGGCUCCAGCAACAAAAUAGGGGGCCCUGUGUCAAGGGCACAGAAUCAUCCAGCUGUGUCCCAGUACAAAAGUUUUUAUGACAUGUAUACCGACCUGGAGCAGGAAGAGGAGAGCUCUGUGGUGAAUAACUUCCUUCAGGAGCUCAUGGAGCAUGAAGUGUUGGAUUCUGGGACAGUGGAGGACCUGAGCCUGGACUGUGACAGGGGCAAGAGGAGAACAAGGAACCCCGGCCUGACCAUGGAGGUGCGGCACAGACAGGUGAAGGAGAACCGACUGAAGAGAGACGCGGAGAGGGAGAGGGAGCGCCAGGAGAGGGAGACGAGAAAGGAGGUCCACGAGGAGGCCCAGAGGAGGGUGAGGGAGGAGGAGAGUAGGUGCCGUCAGAAGGAGCGUAGGAAUGAAGAGCUCCUACAGCAGGAGGUGGUGCGACUGCGCCGGGAGAUGGAGGCGAGCAGAGCCGUGGAGCAGCUCGCUCGGAGGAUGGAAAAAGAGAGGCAAGACAGAGAAGCCAAGCAGAGAGCAACUCAGUCCAUUAAACCUGCAGGGUUUGCAUUCAACUCCCAGAAGCAGCGAGACGAAGAACAACUUGUACAAGAGCAGGUUGAGGCUAGAGUCCACAUGCUGAAUCUACAAUGCCUGCACAAGCACUUCUCAGCCUGGUUCACCUUAGUGCUGGCACGGCGGGUGCGCCAGGGCAAGGCGGGAGCGCUCUGUGAUUGGAGGAGAAAACUGCGGGUCUGGCGGGCAUGGCGAGCCCUGGUCUGGGCCAAUAGGGAGGAGAGAGAGGCGGAGAGAACAGAGGAGGAGCUGCGAUUGGAGAACAAGCGUUGUCAAGUGGCUGCAGAGAGUGACCGUAAAAGGCUGUUGAGGCGGUGCCUGAAUGAUUGGCAGCUCUGGUGUCGAAUGGAGAGAGAGCGUCGGGAGCUACUUCAGCAGCAAGAGGAAACCAAACGCAAAAUGGCCGCCCUGAUUUCUGCUGCUGUCUCAGGGAAGUUAGGGGUUGAGCACACCCAUGUUGAGCCAGUUAUAGACCUAGCCGAAAAAUCCAGCCAAUCAGAACCCAUAAAUACCCAGCAGGUCACAGUCCCCACAUCGCAAUGCCCUGGCACCGCGCCCACCUCUGCCUCCCCUCUAAUUACCUUGGAUGGUGCCCGCAGUGAAGCCCACGGCAAUGCCCGUGGCGGCUCGCCUCCGAAGGUGGCUUGGCAGGUCACCCGUGGGCACGCCGCCCUCAGUGCGGCCGAGCUACAGCAGCUGGCCAGGAGGAACGGCCAGCAGCAGGGACCGCUCACCGGCGCCCCCCGGAGUUUGGGAGCGGAACUGCAUGGUGGGAGGUUUGAGCACCGGCACGCGGCGCAGCAGCAGGUGAUCGCAGAGCAACAGAGGCGCCUGAGGGAGCAGCAGGAGCUGAUCGCUCAGCUGCAGGACACGCACAACAUGGCGGAGCUUCGGAAGCGGUCCGCCGAUGUUCAAACCUGUGCCAACGCACAGACCCCAGCAGGACCCAGGCAGCCAAUCACACAACUCAAUGGCCUCAAGGAGCCACACACAGGGAAGAGAGAUCCAGACAAAGUCAGGCCUCAAGGCAUCUCAAGGGAAACCAAUAUCAGCAACCCCGCACCUAGAAACCAACAGAAAAACUCCACAGCCCCGCACCCUGCUGUGCAAGCUAUGGAGGAGAGGGCUCAACAGCGCGCUGAACGCAGGAAAGAGGUGGAGGAGAGGAAGAAGCAAAGAGAGGAGCAGAGACUUGCCCAGCUGAAAGCAGCAGAGGAGGAGAGAGAGAGGGAAGAGGAGGCUGGGAAGCGCAUUGCUACCGAGAAGAAAAGAGAGGAACGCAAGCAGCAGAGGGAGAGGGAGCUGGAAAAACAGAGGAAACAGGAGAGAGAGCAGGAGCUCCUGCACCAGGCCAAGGAGCACUACCAAAGGACACUCUUGCUACAGCAAGGCCUGGCGCCAUGGAAACGCCUUAUGGAGCAGUGCCAUGCCAACGCACAGCUGGCUGGCGCUCAUCACGACCACUCGGCCAUGAGACGUUGCUUCCUGCUCUGGCAUCAUGCCACCCAGCAGUGUCAGGCUGAUAGAGAGGACCGCGCCGCCAGCCUCCACCGACAUAUCUUACUACGGAGGAGCCUCUCCAGCUGGAAACGACUGAAGGACUACCGCUCAUUCCUGGAGGAGCGGGCUGAGAGGUUCUGCCGUGAGAGGAUUCUGCACCGGGUCUUCACCGCACUCGUGGCUUACGUGACGGACGAGCGGCUGGCGGCGUGGGACCGCGAGCAGCUGGCACAAGAGCACAGCGCCAGGCGGGUGGUGAGUGGUUGUUUCCUCAGCUGGCGGCGUCUGCCAGUGCUCCAGAGAGAGGAGAGGGAGCGGGAGGUCCGUAGGGAGCAGCUCCGACGAAGAGUAGCUGAAAUCCUGCCCGACUUUCGGGCGUCCCCUAGGGAUGCUGUCUAGAGCCCGGGCCCUGGUCCCCUGUGUUCACACUCUCUGACCACACACAAACGGAGUCACAAUGGAGGGGCACCCAUAUCACACACUUACGCAUGCACACAUGUAGAUAAAUGCAUACAGCUGCAUGCAAAGAGAUGCAGACAAACACCUGGACAUGCUUGCAUGCGCACACACACAC